UUUAACUCUAACGAAGGUAAAGGUAAGUGCCUCCUCUCUAUAGCCUAGCAGUGUAAAAUCAAUUGUAGCUACUGCAUGCGUCUGAUUACAGAUCCUAUUAUUAAUGGUGCAUACGCUCCAUAUAGUUUUUUUUAUUAACUCACAUUGACAUUCUUAAAAGCUGAAAUGCUACUUCAUUCAUCACCCCCUUUAUUUAUUUUCAAAAAUGUACUUGCUUAUUGAAUUCAUUGUAAUUUAAAAAUUAUCAGUGUAUCAUCAUAUGUCAGAAAAUAUCUAGGAGAUUAGCUUAAUCAACUUGGUUCUUUAUAAUAAGUACUAACAUGUAAGAUGUAUUCCAGUUAAGAAAAAUGGAAGGAACCCCUGCCUUUAGAAGGGUGCCAGGGUCCGAGGACCUGCUCCUCCAGCCCUCGCCCGAAGCUGCCGGUUUCUCUGCGGCCAUUGAGGCGGCCACUGUGAGCUUUGUGGCGAAGGCACCGGAAGAGGUCCAGAAGGGUGCCGUGACCCAUGUUGUGUCGCAGGUAAGAGACCCCGGGAACAACAUGCUGGUACUCGGCCAGAGUACCGUGCAGUUCGGUAAGUACCGGGGUCAAACCUUGACAGUGGCUCCUGACAAACGACGUGGGCUACGCUGUGUCUAUGAUGACCAUCCCCCAGAGGGAGCGGGAGGGUGACAUGUCACCCUACAUGGCCAACAAGGACGCCCUGACUAGCUACGCCUGUGCUUUCCCUGACUUUGCCUCGACUCUCAGGGACCGGAGAGCACAGGAUGUAGCCCAGCCCAGUCAGGAGGACCUGCACCUUGUGGCCUUUGGGGUGCAUAAGGAUCUCGCCUGGAGGGAUCUGUACGAGGCUAUGGACAAGGAGAAGAGAGGCUACGUCAAAUGUCUCUGGUGUCAGACACACCAACCCGGAACGCAGAUGGAGGCACUCCAGAAAUACAUCCUGCGGAGAGACUAGGAGUCCCUGUCCCCUGCGUCGUCACAGGCCGAGUCUUCGCAGGCUGUCCUCGCUCAGCUUCCUCCCUCCUAGCCUGCUUCCUCUCAGCCUGGGGCCUCGCAGUUGUCCCCGACCCCUGCGCUCUCACCACUGGUGAGCAGCCGGCGUCUGCCUCCAAACAUGCCGAAGGUCGUGCCUUGCACACCUUCAGCUCAAGGUGACAAAGAAGAUCGUGGGUGCUGCUGCUGGCACGGCUGCCUGGUCCACCAACGUGGGGAACGAGUUUGGGCAGGUCCUCAUGUCUGUGCCGACCUCUUAUGAGGACGAGGGCCUGCUCCCCAUGGCUGCCGGGCUGAUGCAGUGGUACCAGAAAGCCGGCAAGGCUCCCCUUCAGCUCCUCUACGUGUACCGUGACUGCUGCUCCAUCGGCGGGGGGUCGAAGACUGCCGCUGUCUGCCUCCAUCUUUCAGUGGGCCGAGGAGGACGUUGCCCUACUGAUGAAGGCCAAGCGGUCGGACCUCGAGGGGAAGCAGCGGGUGUUGGGCCUGACUGACGCCGAGAUCUCGAACCGCAUCUCCAAGAAGGAGCUGGUUCGCCACUGUGGCCGCUGGACUCGGGGAGCAGAGGAGACGGCACGGCUCUUGGAGGAGCUGAUUGAGACCUUUGACAGCAAGAAGGGUUGGGACAAGAUGGGCAUCCCGCUGCUGGACCACGACUGCAUCCAGGCCAUCUGGCAGGUGCAGAGAUGUCACCUCCACUGCAUCCAGGACCCCCAGGUGUACAGUUGUACACCAAGAUCGGGCAGAUCACCAAGGGAGGCGUGACGCUGCCGGUCUACCGCUGCACACGUGGGUUGACUUCCUUGGAGUCCUUCCAUCUCCACCUCAACCACUUCAUCCAAGGUAGCAGUGUAAGUGCCAUGCACUUUCAGGCAUACCUGCUGGAGGGGCUGGUGAGGUGGAAGGAGGACCGCGCUGCAGCGGCAGUGGAGGGACUAAGACAGGUCCUGCACUGCUACAGUGGCUCCCUGCAGCACGCCCUCAACCGAUUUGAGCCAGAAACUUCUUGGCUGCAGUCUGGUUGAGGAUUUCACCAAGCCUGGCGAGUAUACAGGAGAGCUCCUUGGAGUUGAGUACCUGUACUCGCAAACAGGCAGCGUGCUGCAGGCCGUCGUCUUGGAACCGGACACUCCGGACGAGGCUGCAGAUGAGGAUCCAGAUGUCGAGGAUGAGGGGUUUGAGGGUGACGAUGAGGUCGAAGACCCCACCAUCCCCGGCCUCGUUCACCCGCUGGCAGAGCCACCUGCGCCCCGAGUCUCAGUCCUUCCGAUCCUGUCGGCAGUCCAGUCCGGUCAAGUCGAUGUCUUGUGGCCUUUGUCGCUCUGGAAAUGCCAGCAUCAGAUGUCUCCCCUUGCAUCUCCUCCGACUUCUUGUCAGGCUCUCACUCCUGCUGGUUCACCUGUGAGAGAUUCUGAGGAGUCACAUGGACCUGAUGGUGCUCCCGGGUACCAGCAUGUCCAGCGCCUGGCCAGCAGUCUGGUGAGACUGCGUGGGUCGCUCUUCCUGACGGAGCAGCAGGUAGAUGAGCUUGUUGAGCUAUGGCGUCUCCUCGCUGACGGAGAUAAGCAGUGCCUCAUCCUCAGGGACUACUCCCAAGUCCGAGAGCUGGUGCUGGGCAGCCCGAGACUCAUGGAGAAGACCACCCUCCAGCUGUUCCAGUUGAAUCAGCACACCCUGUCUCAAUGGCACAACAAACGGCAAAAGGGGCAGAAGCAGGCUGUCCUUCAACUGGGGGUGGAGCCCUCUAGCGCCAGCGCAGUAGACCCAGAGCCUCAACCCCAGCCGCACCCGCUGCUACAGGAGGGCGUGACUUACAGCCACCAGCUGCAUGCCAUUCCAUGCCCCCCAAACACAGUGGGUGAGGCAAAGCAGCAGAAACUCCCUGGGGCCACUGCGCAGACCGCAGUCCUGGUACCCUCGGCUAUCCCUGCGCCACAUUCCACUUCUUCAGCUGUUGCUGCUGCUCCUCCUCCUCACGUGUCCAGCACCACCUGCUGGCGACACAGAAAGAGGGCAGAGGAGGAGGUGGGGGGCUCCAACACAGGGAAGAGGAAGUACGAGCGGAAGAGAGCAGAGAACUUAUGUUCACUGUGCGGACAGCCAAAGCAGAAGGAGUUCGGCCAGAGCCGCUUUGGCAACGUUGCCUUCUGCUCUGCUUCCUCGGGCAAAACUGUGGCGCAGUGGUUGACUGAAAUGCGUGCCAAGAAGAAGUAAGCCCUUCUCCCUCUUUUUUUUUUUUUUUUAAAGCUCCAUUUUCUCCCAGUUUUUAAAAUAUCCAAUUAUGAUUUAAAAACUUUGCCUCAGAACUGCAACUUGCCCCUAUUGACUCGGAGAGACUAAGACAAGCACUCCUAUCCUCCGAAACAAUUCGGUUUUGUGGGGUUUUUUUUUUUUUUUUUUUUGGUGGUGAAUUGUUUUCAUGUUUUUAUUGUUUUAUCUGUCUUGUGUACCCCAGCAAACCUAUAUAGCAUUUUAUUCAGCACAAGUUGGACUUUCCUCUGGUGAAAGCCCCGAUGUGUUAAGCUAAUUGAAAUAUUGAACCACAAGUUGAUUUAUUUGGGAACUGUUGUGUUUUACUAAACUGUUUUGUAGCCUAUUUGAUAUGUGUUACACACACGGUGCAUUUUAAUCAGUGUGGGUUUUAUUUCGCAGGGAGA